AUAUAAUAUUUAAUUUCUGUGUAUUUAAUCUGUCGCAGUUUCUUUACACUAUUGUUUGCAAUUUGGCUUUAAUUAGUGCAGGAGCUACUGCGGGAUAUUCCUCCGUAGUGCUUCCUGUACUAACGGAUAACACAUCCUCCAUAACUUUAAACGCAACGGAAUCAUCUUUAUUCGUUUCUAUAUUAGUUAUCACCAUAAUGAUCGGUUGCUUCCUAAGCAUUAUUAUGAUGAACUAUGGAAGACGACAUACUAUGAUAGUGUGUGGUGUUAUCUUUUUUUUGGGAUGGAUUUUGAUGGCAAGUAGUUAUAAUGUGAUACAACUCUUCGUCGGUAGGUUAUUAACAGGACUUGGCUUUGGUUUAUGCGCAACUUCCAUUGGAAUUUAUUUAGCAGAAAUCUCUAUACCCUUAUGGAGGGAAGUCAUUACGGUUACUCCGAAUGUAGCUCUUACCAUCGGAAUUCUAGUCGUUUAUCUUCUAGGAUUUGUCAUACAGGUAAGAACAUUAUGUUAAUUUUUUAUGUUGAUUCUUGUGUUAAUUUUUUAUUAUGAGAGAAUAAGAUUAUUAAGAUCAUUGAUAAUAAGACGAAAUUUAAAUUAAUUACGUCAUUUUAUAAUACAGAAUUUUAUUUGUGCAUUUAAAUUGAUUUUUUAAUCUUAAUGUUAACCCGUAAAGAACACAUGGGUGCAAAUUCGCACCAAGCGAAUUUUCUUAAAGUUUUAUAUCUUCUGAAAAUAAAAAGCAAAAUUAAAGCAAAAUGUGUUUCCCAAUGUAAAAUUGUCUGACCAAUUGAUUGGUAUUAUAAUAUUAAAUUUUCGAAAAAAGAACGUAAUUGUUUUUAAAUUUUGUGUUAAACAAAACCAUUCAAAAGAAAGGUGUCCUUUACGAGUUAAUAUAAAAAUGUAUCAGAUAUACGAAGUGCUAAUGAAAGCCGACACGAAUGUUGGUGUCUAUGAAAUAAUUUUUAUUGUUACA